UCUAUCCAUACUAUGGCCAAUAAAGCAUACUACAUACUCAAUUUACGUCACAAAUAAUACGAUUAGUAUGCGUAUUCGAACACAGUUAAUGAGUCAGGCGUUAUUGCAUGCACAUUCGGAUAAGUAACAUGUUUGUUAACUUAAUUUCUCGAGAUCUAUAUAGAAAAUAAUGUGACUAAAAACUUGGACAACGCGCGGCUUGUUUUUUAGAUAAUAGAUCAAUUGUAUUAACUGGAUAACUAUUCAUUUUUAAUUUGUUAUACUGACUAUUUCACAUUGAACAAUGGCAAUUGCACACGUUGCAACAGAAUACGUUUUCUCCGACUUUUUAUUGAAGGAUCCAACAGAGUCGAAGUACAAAGGGGUGCGUCUGGAGCUUGCGGUAGACAAAAUAGUCACUUUCAUCGCGGUUGGUCUCCCUUUGUUACUCAUCUCCCUCGCGUUUGCCCAAGAGGUGUCAGUAGGUACCCAGAUCAGCUGUUUUGCCCCUACCAACUUCUCAUGGCGACAGGCAGCCUAUGUUGACUCCUUCUGUUGGGCGGCGGUGCAGGAGCAGCAACUCAGCGUUGAUGGCGUCGAAGGUGCCCCCCUGUGGCUGCACAAGUUCUUCCCUUACAUCCUUCUGUUGGUGGCAAUCCUCAUGUACAUCCCUGCUCUGUUCUGGCGCUUCACUGCCGCCCCACACCUCUCCUCUGACCUCAACUUCAUCAUGGAGGAGCUCGACCGCUCCUAUAACCGAGCCAUCAGACUGGCCAAGAGCCUGGCCUCAUCUAUAGACACCAAAGAUGUCUCUGACGACCCCCCCAGUGCCCUGGACCUGACCGAAGGCUGCUUUAAAUACCCUCUGGUGGAGCAGUAUCUGAAGACCAAGCGUUUCUCCCGCUGGCUGGUGGUGAAGUACCUGGCGUGUCGGCUGUUAACCCUGCUCACCCUGCUGCUAGCCUGCCUCUACCUGGGCUACUACAUUCGCCUAGCCUCCAUCACCGAUGAGUUUGCCUGUGACGUGCGGACAGGGGUGCUGAGGAACAACAGUGUGGUGCCGGUGCAGUGUAAACUGGUGGCGGUGGGGGUGUUCAGGCUGCUAAGCUAUAUCAACCUGGGGGUGUACAUCCUGCUGGCUCCCCUGCUGGUGUACGCUGCCCUGGGCCCGGCCAGACAGAGCUCCCGCUUCCUCCGGCCCUACGAGAUGCUGCCGGCCUUCGGGGCUCUGGACCUGGACACACCCUUCUACAACGACCUCAGCGUGUACCUGCUCUUCCUGGAGGAGAACCUCAGUGAGCUGAAGUCCUAUAAGUGUCUGCAGGUGCUGGAGUUGCUGAGGGAAGGAGGCGGUGAGGCCUUUGACACUAUGUGUCUGCUGCAGACUCUGGGCCAGGUGAAGACAGAUGUGGUGGAUGGGAAAAGAUCCACUUCACACAAGGACAGCAAAGACUGCACCAAGCCUGGAGAGGAGGACACAAGCUCUUCUGAGCUAAGAGAUGUUUCUACAUUGUGGCUGGACGACGGGCUGAAGAAAGACAACAAGGACAAGACCUGCUCUGGUGGGAAAGAUGUACGUCAGAGAGUGAUCUGAAGUGUGAACUAGGGCCUUUAUCUUUUCAGUCAUUUAGCAGACGUUCUUCUCCAGAGUGACUUACAGAAGCAAUUAGAGUUAAGUGCCUUGCGCAAGGGCACAUCAACAGAUAUUUCACAUAGUCGGCUUGGAGAUUGUAACCAGUGACCUUUCGGUUACUGGCCCUAACCACUAGGCUACAUGCUGAUCAAUAGCUUGUUUAUUUUUAUUUUUUUUCAAGUGCUGUGUUGCUAUGUUACCGUACCUACCUUAGUACAAUAAAAUUGUACCUUUUGUUCUUAUCAGGAUCGAUCAAGCCCCUACUAAUUUAUUCUCUGGAAUUUAAACAAAAGAUGUUUAUAGAACUGUGGUCCACAGUUUCCCUAUAGAGAUGCUCUCUUUCUGUGUUUACUGUCAGAGAUACAAGGUGUUUGUCAGACUGCGUCAUUAUUUAAUAAAAAAGCUGUGAUUAGUUAUCUAAUUUUGCUAGCGACAUAAACAAAGCCUUGCCCUCAUUUUAACCAGCAUACUUCAGCCUCGGUACUUAAGUGGUAACGUAUUUAUAUUGAACCUUUUAUUUUAGAAGGAAUAGCAGAUGAUUUUAUUCUUAGGGGAUCUGAGUAACUCAAUACGUCUCAGGGCUAGAUUCAAUCAGUUCUGCGCUAACCCGCUAACCCGCUAACCCGCUUAACCGACAACUGCAUAGCACUUUCAUUGUUUUUAGGCGAUGUCGUAGGUGUAACGGCAUUGGAGUUGUCAAAUCAGCAAGCGUCUCCCUGCAUUCUACCUGUCGCGGACAUUGCCAUUGGAUGCAAUGAGAUUUAAUAAUAAUCCCAUGCAGGCUUGUUACAAAUCCGAACACCAGAAUGUGUGUUAUAAUCUACACCUUGAUUAGGCUGAUAUACACUAAGUGUACUAAACAUUAUGAGAACCUGCUCUUUCCAUGACAAUAAUUUACCAGGUAAUUCCUGGUGAAAGCUUAUGAUCCCUUAUUGAUGUCGCCUGUUAAAUCUAUUUCAAUCAGUGUAGAUGAAGGGGAGGAGAAUGUCUAAAGAAGGACUUUAAAGCCUUGAGACUUGGAUUAUGUAUCUGUACCAUUGAGGGUGAAUGGGCAAGAGAAAAGAUUUAAGCUUUUUAAGAUUUUUGAAUGGGGUAUGGUAGGUGCCAGGCGCACCAGUUUGUGUGUCAAGAACUGCAACGCUGCUGGGGUUUUCACGCUCAACAAGAACAGUUCACCACCCAAAGGACAUCCAGCCAACUUGAAACACCUGUGGGAAGCAUUGGAAUCAGCAUGGGCCAGCAUCCCUG